UGUUGUCUGUACACAGAUGCAGUAGUAUACGCAGUAGUACUUGUAGUGUGUGUUUGACACUGACAGUGAUCUGCUGCUCUGCUCCUCAUCCUCUGUCAGGACACACAGGACCCGGAAGACUUGUGUUCGCUGUCAAUGCCAACAGCGGAGAGGAGACACCGAGAGCUGAAAGUCCGCAUUUAAGACGAGAUGGCAAGUCUGUCGCGCAGGAUCAUCAAGGAAACUCAGCGUUUGCUUGUAGAGCCUGUCCAAGGCAUCAGGGCAGAGCCAGAUGAGAGCAACUCCCGCUACUUCCAUGUGGUCAUUGCUGGACCUCAGGAUUCACCAUUUGAGGGUGGCUUGUUUAAACUUGAACUCUUUUUACCAGAGGAAUAUCCCAUGGCAGCUCCUAAAGUACGCUUCAUGACCAAAAUAUAUCAUCCCAAUGUCGACAAGCUGGGAAGAAUAUGCCUUGACAUUUUGAAAGAUAAAUGGUCACCAGCUCUGCAGAUUCGCACAGUGCUGCUAUCGAUCCAGGCGUUACUAAGCGCUCCAAACCCUGAUGAUCCUCUUGCAAAUGAUGUUGCAGAGAGGUGGAAGUCCAACGAAGCUGAAGCCAUAGGAACAGCCAGGGAAUGGACCAUGCUUUAUGCUGGACACAAGAAUAAAGUGUAGAGCAGCCUGACAAGUGGAGACACAAGUGGAAGACAAGUGUGAACCCAACUCCUCAUGUUCUGCCAGGACCUCUUCCUACUUCAUUUGCAUUUAAAGGACACAGUCUCACAUGAAUAAAUAUCGAAAUAAAUAUCUCUAAAAUAAAUACACACAUAUACACGUCUAUUAUAGAAUAAUCAUCAAUAACGUAAAGGAAAAAAACUGCAGACAACUGGUGAUUUGAAUGCACACUAGAGAUGAAAUGGCUUGUCUUUGUCCUAACCCACUACUGUUGAAAUGCGUGGGCAGAGGUUUUAAAUCUUCUCACCUGGUUUUCUUCACCCAUUCAUUUUUUGGGGGGAGGAUUUUACCAACUGUGCUCAAACAUGCACGUUUAGGGGGAGAGGGUAUUCUGUGUCUGGGAUGGGAUGGGUGAAGAGGAGAGACUGGAUAGAUUUGGUUAAUGUGGUAUACAUUUUAUGUUUGUCUACUUUUUUUUUCCUUUUAAGGAUCUUUGUUUUGUUGUGCUGCUGUUUGUUUAUUAAAAGCAGCUAACCGCUACUAACCUACUGUAGACACUCAGACCAGAGUUUCGUCCUGUGAAGGUGAUGCAGCAGGACGCAUAAGUAAUUAUAAUCAUGCUUCUUCUUUAAGUCACAGCUUGCUUUAUUAAGUUAAAAAUAAAAUGACUAAAAAAUAUAUAUAUAUAUACUCAGCCUGCCACAUUAACCUUCAAACACUCUGUAGACCUGGAUGUAAUCUUGGGGAAGGUGAGAUUGAAUGUGGAGGGUGUGAAGGACAUUGAGGACUUUUAGUUUUAGCUCAUAGUGUAUGUUUUACUACCAUAUCCAGCCUUUUAUUUGUGAAUCUUUCUUAUGCCAUACUAACUCCUCAGCUUGUUUCCCCUGUGUGUCACCUCAGUCUAAUUCUACAAGACUGUGGUCUAUUUUUUCCAUUGGCAUUUAUUUCAUAAGGCAGGGAUUACACGUGAGCUGUUGUUUGUUGAUAAUUUCAGUGGGUGUUGCGGGGCUGACCUGUGUGGGACAUAGUGCUGAGUAGUUGCGGGAUCAAACUCCAAAUGAUCGGGGAAGGCAGUUGUGACUCGUGAUGGUCGUAGUUGGUCUUAGGCUGAAAAGUCUGUAUUCAUUUCACUGUCUGUAAAUUCUUUCUCUCUAUUCAUCUGGGGGGGGGGGUCAACUGAACAGUUCAACUGCAUACUUUUAUGUUCUGUAAAUAAAAUCUAUUGAUUAAUAAACA